AUGGCCCUCAGCGCCCGCCGCAUGCCAACGAUGCCACUGACUGAGCAACCAGCUCUACCGGCGGUGGUCUCGCCUGGCUGCGGACUCAGCCCCGAUGAGGAGUGCCUCGCAGUUUCUCUCUUGAUGCUGUCCCGCGGCGUUCGUGAGGAUCCUCCUCUGGCGUUCCUCGCGGACGACGUUGCAGAGCCCCCGGCGCCCGCGGCACCGCUCGUAGCCCACCAAGCGGCGCCAGCUGCAGCGGUGGCCAGCCAAGCACCGGCGGCUUCGGUGGACGUGGUUGCCCCAAGCCCACCUUCCACGCCGGUGGUCGCCGCCGCCCGUGCAAGCGUAGGCCGCGAUGAGGUAAUCCUGACUGUGCAAUCCCCUUCCCCGGUGUUGGCACCGGCGGACAUGGUUACUACUACUACCCCGAGCCUAACCCCCAGGCAACAAGUGCCACCGUCCCCGGCAGUCGCUGUCGGACCAAAUAAUGUACUACCGGCAGAGCAGGAGGUGGUGACAGAAGAAGAACAAGCCCUGGCCGCGGAGAUCCAAGCGCCAGAACAGCAAGAGACGCUGGCGGUGGGUUCUUCUUCGAGCUCCCGCGGCAGACAACAACCCCCGCGGCACGAAUGCGGGGUCUGCCGGAAGACGUUCAGCACGUCCCGGGGCCUGAAAGUCCACGUGACGAGCCAUCCGGACCGAGGGAGGCUGUACCCGUGCGAGUUCUGCGCCGCGGUUUUCCCCAGCUCCUCCGCGCUCCGUUGGCACGUCAGGCGCAGCCAGGCCUGCGGCGGGAGCAAGCCGAGAAAGCUUCGAGCCGCGGCCGCCGCGGCGAUCGCGUGGCACAGGAUGGACCUCAACGACAUGCCGGAGGUUUAA